UUUUGUUUGGCUGAGCAGUCUCUACGCAGAAAGUAGAGGAGCUCUGGGCUUCCUCUUCCUAAAGGAUUAAGGGAAGCGAUGGCCACCAGGUGGGGGGCAGAACUGCAGUCUCAGAGACACUGAACCGCUAUUGGAGUAAAACGAGAUACUAACCACUCGGAAAAACCUCUUAUUGCAGAACAUACGGGUAAACACUGCGAGCCGCAGAUAUACUGCAUUGGGGAGGAAACGCAUUCAGCUAUUCACACUAUUUUUGAGAGCUCACAGCUCCUGGCUUAAGUUUUAAUAAUUGCAAGUCGGGCAGAACAGCGGAUACUUAAUUUUCUUAUUCCGUCUAGUGGAACGAAUGUCCUGUGUUCAGUGGAGUUCAAUAAGCCGUAUCGUCUAUAGGGACCAUUAUUAAAACUCAUUUUUCCCUUGCUAGCCAUUUUUGCUAGCUAGGAGAUGACAACUGAAACGUCCCAGCAGCAGCUGGACUCACCAGCGCUUUUAAGAUCGAGCCCGAUUUCUGGAGUUCUUCAUUCAGCAUUGAUGCACCAGCAAUCAUCGGCAAUGGAGAGCUCAGCCUCCAAAGGCAAAAAGGUGAAUUCAGGGCUCAGGCGCCCUGAAAAACCGCCGUAUUCCUACAUCGCCCUCAUUGUGAUGGCAAUUCAGAGCUCACCAACAAAAAGGUUAACCCUCAGCGAAAUCUAUCAGUUUCUUCAGGCAAGGUUCCCAUUCUUCAGAGGCUCUUACCAGGGAUGGAAGAAUUCGGUUCGCCAUAAUCUGUCCUUGAACGAAUGCUUUAUAAAACUGCCAAAGGGGCUAGGUAGACCCGGUAAAGGGCAUUACUGGACCAUUGACCCAGCCAGUGAAUUUAUGUUUGAGGAGGGAUCUUUCCGCCGCAGACCAAGAGGUUUCAGAAGAAAAUGCCAGGCUUUAAAACCAAUGUAUCGGAUGAUGAACGGCCUUGGUUUUGGCACUUCGUUAUUACCCCAAAGCUUUGAUUUCCAAGCUCCUUCUGCGUCAUUGGCAUGCCAUACCAACAGCUACAACUUGGACAUGAUGAGCAAUUCUAUGGCAGGAGGCUAUGAUGGACUCAGCGGUGGCCACCAUGUCCCUCAUCUGUCUCCCAGCCCGGGUUCUACUUACAUGGCCAGUUGCCCAGUAACUUCUAAUGGAGACUAUGGCCCUGAUAACAGCAGUAGUCCAGUACCUUCUUCCCCUGCAAUGGCUAGCGCAUUGGAAUGCCAUUCUCCAUAUGCAAGUACUUCUGCACACUGGGCAUCUUCAGGGGGAUCUCCAUAUAUCAAACAGCAGACACUGGCAUCGAGUAACCAUUCUUCAUCCACUUUACAUUCUAGCAUGUCUUCCUACUCCCUGGAACAAAGUUACUUGCAUCAAAAUGCCAGAGAAACGGCCGAUAUUUCAGUGGGAAUACCUCGGUACCAAACCCAUUCGUCGCCAGUUUGUGAAAGGAAAGAUUUUGUUUUGAAUUUCAACGGGAUCUCUUCAUUCCACCCGUCAGCCACUGGCUCUUAUUAUCACCAUCACCACCACCACCACCAUCACCAGAGCGUAUGCCAAGACAUAAAGCCCUGCGUGAGGUGAAUGUGCGAGCGUACCGCCGCAGACAGCUGUUCCACUGACCUCCUCAGCAGGUUACGACCAACAGUGAGAUAUCUGUGCCGAAGAAAAAGUAACGACUAAAGACAAGAACAUCAUAAAUCAUCCUUACAGACACUUUUACUAGAACGCGAACAACCACUCUUCACUGUCAAUAUGAAUGUUUUUAUUAGUAUAGGGUUUUCAAAACCCCGACAACUUUCCAUUGACUGUCUGUUGUAGCUCAAUAGUUUACUGUCAGCUACAAAAACAAUGUGGCUAUCUAUUGUAGCUCUGGAAACACAAUUUUGUUCUUGUCUGUAUCCUUAUUAUAUGAACAGGAUUUCAAUUGUUAUACACAUACAAAACAAACAAACAAAGCUAAAACAAAAAAGCAACAUAUUCUACGUUUUUUAAUUAUUAUUAAUAUUAUUCUUUUUUUACACAACUAAUAUUUCACAUUAAGAGUUUAAAGUAAUACAGUAUAAAUUACAAGAAAAACUGAAGUUCACGGAAAGCAGUUAUAGCCGCUAAAACUUUUUCUUCGCCUGCAAACCACAAAAGUCAAUACAAUGUUAUGUAGCUAUUGAUUUUUUUUUUUUUUUUUUUUUUUUUUUUUCUAAAAUAACUAUAUGAU